GUGCACCGUAUCCGUUUUCGUUAUGUGUUCCUGUCUUGGAGCUCAAGCUGAGAAUAUUUUUUCAUGAACAAAAUAUGGAGGGUAAUUACUAUUACUAUUUUUUUUAUUUAUUUUUCUAAAUUAUUAUUGAUUUUUUGAAUUGUUUAUUUUAUUUUAUAGAGAUUUGGAAGAUUUUUCGGGCUUGGGAAGUCCACAACAUGUAUGCAUAUGCAGAAACUACUUUUAUUUUGGGGUAAUAUUUCCCCCUCCCUCUACGAUAUUCUUUAUGGGGUCAAGGACUUUUUUUUUGUUUCUUGAAUUAAGCUUUCUUGAAAUCUUUAGUCAGCAUAUGCAUUCACGACAUCAAUGAAAAAAAUUAAGAAAAAAAAAGUUUAUGAUCUUUGUUUUAAAUUGGAAAGUUACACUAAUAUAAAUGAUGAUUCUACUUUUGGUUCAUGUUAGUCGACCGCACUUAUAGGACUAAGGCUUUGAUUGAUUGAUUCCCAAACUUAUGAAUUUAGAAGAUGAAGGAUAUCUGGAGAAAUCUAUUGACUAUUUUAGCAAAGGGAUUUCUAUGGCUAAAAGUCAUGAACAACAAUCUUUGUUAGAAAAAUUGGAACAUCAGCUAUGUGAGGCAGAAAAAAAGAAGAAGGGUGAAACACAGCCUGCACCAAAGGAAGCUAAACCUGUACAGAUUGCAACAGUUACAUCGCAAGAAGCAGCACUUAAAAUUCAGCAAGCUUUCGAGGAAGCAAAUAGACAUGAAAGAGAACUCUUGGAUGAAGAGGCCAGCAUCGCGGCGGAGGUGAGAAAAAGGGAGAAGAAACGAGAAAAGAAACAAGAAAAGAGUAAAGGGAUACAAAUUGCAGAAGGGUCAAAGAAAGCUGUGGAGACAAAAGAUGAGGGGGGUAGAAGGGGAAGCAUAUCUUUGGUCGAGGAAAGACGACCUCGGAACUUUGAGAUUACUCUUUUUGUUACUAUGGAGUUAGAUGAAGAUUCUUUUAUGGGGUCUACAAGGACUAACACCACUGAAGUCCAAAAAUCAUUUAUUGCAGCUCACCAAGCACAGAUAAACAACUUUCAAGAUCUUGUUCGUCUAUGUCUCAGGCAUGAGACUCUGUUGAAAGUUGACCAAAGUUUUAAGAUGAUGGAUGAAGAUAGUUGUUUUCUUGUGACAAGUGAGGAUGUAUGCACCCUUUACUGCUUUUUUAAGCGUAAAAUUAGCAAAAUUUCUCCUAAUUCAAAUGAAGUUUGGUGGGAUGCUAUAAAAGAUUUAUUUUGGAAAGUAUUCAGAGACGUGAUUUGGGGGCUGAUGUAUUUGUUCGACAAAGACAAAUCCUGCGGGAAUUUAGUUUUCAAUUCUUUUGUCAAUUCUGAAGGAGAAGGCAGAAUUCUGCCAUGUAUGGCAGCGGGGAAACAAAAAGAGGACUUAAAAGAUUUGGUAGAUUUAAUGUGGAGUGUCAUCAAACUUGCUUUUCUCAGACAAAGUGAUAUGUCUUUUCUUCCAUGUCAUUUGAAAUAUUUUUUUGACAAUGUCACACAAUUUCAUGGGUCCUGUCCAUUGGAGUUUGUUAUUAAUCAACCGUAUUUUUGGAAUACGACGGAAAAAAUCAGUUUUACUUUCAAAUUGAGAGAGUUAGUUGAAGAGAAACGUAAUCCUAUUUUAUUUUUCCUUGAUCAACGUCAAUUAUACCAAAAUUGGUGGCAGAAGCUUCAACAUAUACAGAAUACUUUUUAACAAUGCGAUGAAGCGCAAUAGGAAUAUCAAAGGUUACCGGAAAUCUGUUGAUAUUGUCCGAUUUUAUGGAGCAUUCUAUACUCAUAUAAAUGAGUUGGAGUACAAAAAAGAUCGAAAUAACAAGGUUUGAACUUUUGUUUUAAUUUGCUAUACAUCCCAAUACCUUUACCUUUCAUCUAUGACAUUUUUAUUUUUUUUUCUGGUAGAGAAUUAGUGAUGAAAAGAUCGAGUCAGAUUUGGCAGGUUUUUUUCCAGAUUUUUAUGUAGACAUGUUUUCGGUCUUGUGCUUGUGCAACCAGAAUAGUAUGUAAGUGACAACUUGAUUUUGUUUAAAAAGUUCCACAGUUGACUGAUUCUAAUUUGUACUUUUUACAUCUUGUGUUAGGGGCAUAACCAAUGACUGUAUGAGGGGUUUAUCCACGGUUCAUUCUUUCAGUGAGUUUUUAAAUAUAGUCACUAUCAGCAAAAGCCUAUUUUGCCUCUCUCUCACCUUUCUUUUUCUGUCUGUCUCUU